AUGGCCCGACUAGGGAAGACCAUAUAUUCCUCGUCUGUCUUCGCAGCCAUAGGCAGGGUGUUGUCUAUACCUUUUAUGAACACGACAAUUUCGGCCCGUGCAAUGCCUGCAGCCCCCCACUUCGUCCUAUACAAUGAUAAGUGGGUCUCCGGUGAGAUUGGUCCACCGGACGUCAGUAUCAUCUCAAAUGCAGGAAUUUCUCUUAUCGUAUCCGCUUUCGGCUCCACGGAUGUCCCUACGACCGACGGGUAUGACCCUACGAUUCUCGCUAAUAGUCUACCGGACUAUGGAUUGGAAUAUGAUCUCGACGGUGUCAACGUCGAUUAUGAAGAUAUAUACGCCAUGGAUGCCGAGAAUGGAUCAGCAGAAAUUUGGUUGACCACUUUCACAAUAGCCCCUUCGUGCAAGACUUCUGCAAGGUAUGUUUCCGCACGAUACACCAGUGGUACUUAUUUGACGGUCCAUCAGAAUGUUGGAUCGUUAAUCGAUUGGUUCUACAAUCAGGGGACAGCCGAGUACGCAACGUGUUAUGGCCUCCUUACAGUAUCAUCUCCAAUGCAGCCAAAUACUGGGCUCUUCCAGAUUGCAGCAACAGGAAUACCUCUAGACAAAUUGGUGAUCGGCAAGCUAGCCACAAAUGUAGAUGCGAAUAAUGAUUAUAUGGAUCCCUCCUCACUUGCCCAGUGUGUGGGCGACGCCGCUCAACAAGGAUGGAGUGCGUUCAUAUCUUAUGUGCUUGUCAGCAGGGACUCACCGUAUAAAAUUACAAACGCUGGUAUCAUGGUGUACCAGUUUCCUGACGCCGUAUCGACCUGAAUUACAGCAGUUUUCGCGCUUGCAUUCCCAUAUUAAAAAGGGCCUGUGACUACUUACUGUCUCAGUGUAUAUGGCUCUGCAGAAAUAUCAAAGCAAUACAUGGCUCGACUGGUGCCUGACAGCGUGUUGCAAUGGUGGAGAUAGCCUGCAAGGUUACGGUGGUACUCAACAGCUUAAUCUUUCGCGGAUGGAAAGGCAUACACGGUAACAACUGCCACAUGUGGUGCAGGGUGAGCUGAUAGCAAUACGGUGGAAUGGGCAAGGCGGCAAUAAGGGAGCGUUUCAUAUAGAAUCAUGACGAGUUGCACAUAACUGCCACCAGACGGUUACUAGUGGGACUUGUCCAAUGACAGUUGCUUAUGUUGGGUCUCCG